AAACAAAUCCUUCUCGUGAAAACGCGUUUUCUGUGGAAGGAAUUGAAAAAGCAGUAAGAAGCUCCUAUAUUUCUCUCCAACGACGGUGCUUUUUCGCUGCUUUGUGUAGGUUAAGCCCGCAAGUUCAUUCAUGAGUACGCAGUAGAGCCCUUGGACGGUUCGCUCCAGGACUCAGGCGCACAUCAACUUUGCAUCGUUUGUCCUAGGACUGAGUGGCAUCGAUGGAUUGCGUCAAUGUUGCGGUGGCAUAGUGUUUACAUACAGAAAUAUCGAUUUUCUUGAAUGGAUCGAGCGCGCUAGCGAGCAAUGUUCCUGUAAGAUAAUGAAUUCUAUCAUCGCAAAAAGGCAUCGCACCGCAGCACAUUAGACCAACACACCCACCGUGGUGACACUGUUAGUGUGAAAAGAUAAAUUGAAGCUCUUAAAAAGCUUCGCUGGGAAGAUAAAAGUUAAUCGGAAUACAGGAAGCUGCAGGAAAUCAGAGAGUCAUGGUUGUUGGUGGCAACGUUACGGUAAACCGAAACUAACAAGCAAACUUUGUGGCUUGGCAAGUGAACAAAUAAACAAAGUGAAAAGUGAACCUCCUGCGGGAAAGUGAUAACCACCACCAGCUACAGCGUCAAUCGGUCGAUAGGCCGAGUUCGGCUGAGGGAAGACGGUCUCGCCAUGACGGACGCCGAACCACUGUCACCGUCGGCCUCCACCUUCAAGCAGAACUUUGAUCUGGUAACGCCCGAGUUCGAGGAGGAUCCGAAGCUGCUGUGGGGCAGCGUGCCCGUGCCUCCGUUCGUGUCGGACAAGGUGGUAACGUGGGUGGAGGAAAACUUUCCCCAUCAGCCACCGCCGGCGGUGGAGUUUCGCGGCCAGAGCGUUCUGAAGAAGAUUGAAAAUGUCCGUAUGAUUGACAGAUACAACAGCAAAAAUCCAACCGUCGGUGUGCUGUACCUUACGGCCACGCAUCUUAUAUUCGUUGACCCGGAUGCCAACAAAGAGACAUGGGUCCUUUACAUGCACAUCGCGAACGUGGAAAAGUUGCCCCUGAGCACCACCGGCUCGCCGCUGCUGAUACGCUGCAAGACGUUCCUCUCCAUCACGUUCGUCAUACCGAAGGAGCGCGAAUGUCACGACGUGUACACCACGCUCACCAAGCUGUACCAGCCGGUGAACAUCAAAAAUCUGUACUGCUUCCAGUACACGACCGCGGCGAAGGAGCUGCCGAAGGCGGCCGGCUGGGACUACUUCAAGCUGGAGCACGAGUUCAAGCGGAUGCGCGUCCCGAACGACCAGUGGAGUGUCUGUGCGCUCAAUCAAAACUACGAGCUGUGCGACACGUACCCGCAGCAGCUCUACGUGCCGGCCGAAGCCAACACGCAAAUCCUGCUCGGCAGCUCGCGGUUCCGGUCGAAGGGCCGGCUACCUGCGCUCACCUAUUUGCACUCCAACAAGGCGUCCAUCUGCCGCUGCAGCCAGCCACUGUCCGGCUUCAGUGCGCGCUGUCUGGAGGAUGAGCAGAUGCUGGAAACGGUGCGCAAGACGAAUCCCAACUGCAACUUUAUGUACGUCGUUGACACGCGGCCAAGGAUUAACGCCAUGGCAAACCGGGCCGCUGGCAAGGGCUACGAGAACGAGGCGAACUAUGAAAAUAUCAAGUUCCAGUUUCUCGGCAUCGAAAACAUUCACACGAUGCGUGCCAGCUUGCAGAAGGUGAUUGAGUGCUGCGAACAAAAGUCGCCCACGAUGAGUGGAUUCUUAAGUGCGCUGGAAUCUUCGGGCUGGCUAAAACACAUUCGAUCGAUACUGGAUACAUCCUGCUUCAUUGCCAACGCAGUCGAUAAAGGAAUUUCCGUUGUUGUGCACUGCUCGGAUGGUUGGGACCGUACGGCUCAAGUAUGCUCGCUUGCUGCCCUAAUGCUGGAUCCAUACUACAGAACUAUCAAAGGAUUUCAGGCUCUGAUCGAAAAGGAUUGGCUUGCGUUCGGCCACAAGUUCAGCGAUCGCUGUGGCCACAUUCAGAACGACCCAAAGGAGGUCUCGCCCGUGUUUACUCAGCUGCUCGAGUGCACCUGGCAGCUGAUGCAGCAGCGCAACGACGCGUUCGAGUUCAAUGAGCGCUUUCUGCUGAUCCUGCACGAUCACGUCAUGUCCUGCCAGUACGGCACGUUCGUGGGCAACUGCGAGAAGGACCGGCUGGAUCUGCGGCUGGCGGAGAAAACCUUCUCCCUGUGGGGCUACAUGUCGAACCAUCUGAACGAGUACAUUAACCCGCUGUACAGGCCGGAGAUGGAUGAAACGAUAAAGCCGAACCUGGCGCCGCAGAACAUCAAGUUCUGGCGCGGCAUGUACAGCCGGUUCGAGAGCGGCAUUCACCCGAGGGAACCGCUGGAGGAUUUGCUGAUCGCUAGCAAGGACCACUGCACCUCGCUGGAGGAUCACGUGCAGCAUCUGACCAAGCGCAUCAACAGCUUCAAGAACAUGCUGUCGAAGUCGGCCAAACGGUUGCAGGGUGGCAGUGCGGCCCUGCAGUCGCGCUACAACGCGGACACCCGCGGCCCGAUCGAGGUGAACGAUAAUCGGUACAAUUACGAUCGGAAGCUGAGCGAGCUGUCGGCGGCCGAUGACGAUCAUCCGUUGAAGACGAGCGAUUUUUCGUUCUCCAAUCUAUCGAUUUCAGAGUAUAACAAUGAGGUGGAGAAGGUGAACGAUGAUAUUAAUUCGGUUGCAGUUGAAUGGAAGUCGCUUCGGUCAGUGGUAAACUGUCCGACCUGCUCCAUACCAUUCGAUCAAAUAACUAAAAAGAAUCACUGUUGGAAGUGUGGCGAAGUGUUCUGCAGCCGAUGCAUCGAUAAAACGUUGGCCCUUCCGGGGCACGACAGUGGCAAUCCGGUGCCCGUCUGUAGACAGUGUUUUCGUGUCGUUCAGCAAGUAAGCCCAUAAAAGGAUUGACGUGCCGUUACCGUGCAUUCACUAAAACAAACACAUUCCUCGAUUGAAUCGGCAUAGUUUGUAAGUAAAAUAUCUAUACCAUACUUCCUUUCGUUACUAUCGGCGCUGUCUUCGUGAUGUACAAAGCUAUAAAACAAAAACAAAAACUAUCUAAUGAUUGCGAGAGGCUACCAGGGCACGGGAAAAACCGAACAGUAGGGGUAUAUAUCUAAUUCUGGAAAAAAGAAAGAAAGAAAAAAACAUGCAAGGGAAAAAGUAAAUAGUGCAAACGUUCAGUUGCAAGAGAGACCAAAGCACAGCAACGCGAAGACGCGUAGAUACUUGCAGGCCAGGGCAAGGUACGAACUAGAACUAGGGACUGGGAAAUCCUUGCAAAAUGGCUGUCAAUCUUAGUUGUUAAUCUACUAUUAGCUUUAAGAGUAAUGCAGUGCAGUAAAGUGAAACAUAAAACAAAACAAAAAAUAGGAAAGUGCAUAUAUACGCUCACCGGCAACAGAUGAUGUGACAAAACAAUGUUAGAACUACAAUAUUUAUAAGCAUACUGUGUACAAUUAUUUCGUUAGGAACCAUUUGCCGAGUUGAACAUUGAUAUUUAUCUUACUCAAACGUAUGCGAGCUUUUGCUUGGCUUGGAUGACACCUCUUCGGUAUUUAGGGUGCUGAAAGAGAGCUUUAUCGAAGGCUGUAAUGGGGGGCAGUGCGGAAGAUCCCAGAUUGUUAGCUACCUAUACGCACACGGUGUAGUCUGAACAGUGCAAGAUUGCAAGAGAAUGAAGUAUCUAACCAUUUGCCCAUCGCUCAUCGCUGGACACGUGUUUUAGUUUUCGUUGUGCAAAAACAAAUCAACAAAUUUUAUGAAAAUGGUGAACCGUUAUAAAGCUUUUCUUAGCUUCCGUUUCGUGGAUGUACAGAAAAUGGCAUCCCGUAUUGACAGUAUUGUUGCAUGCAUCGCGGUAAAUUAUAAAGAAGUGGGCUAAUAAUACAAGCCCAGCAUAAUGCUUGUCUCAUAAAUUGCUUCUUCUUCUGUUUUUGGCAAACACCCAGCAUCGAAACGACUUUGCAGACUAUCUGCAGGCCAUGACGCCUACCUAUUGCUGUAAACUGUACGUGUAACCUGAGAAAAAGAAACUGAUACAAAACAAAGAAAAAAAACCUGUUGCUCUCAAAAUAAACUAUACAAUAUUUAAUAGUGAAUAUAAAUUAAAUCAAA